AUGUUAAGAAGAUUAACUGCGUCAGUCCCAAUAGUCCACAAAUUGUACUUCACUUUCUCCGUCAAUGAAGAAUACAAGAUCUAAAUCCUCAAUCGACUCAAACAAAUUAAACAUUCCGAUUCUCACAAAGACAUCGUCUCCAAUGGUUACGUUGAAAAUCUAUCCAUUGACCAAGAUGGAAGAGUCAUCAUUGAUCUCAAAUUGGACUAAGAUUACAGAAAGAUGAAGGCUCUUUGCUCAGAUGCCCUUAAGCAAUUCGAAUGGAUUAAGAAUUUGGAUAUUCGCAUGGCCCCAAAAAAAGAGAAUGUAUUUACCCAAGCCAAUACUCAGAAAAGAGGCAAUCUCUAAAAUGUGAAGAAGAUCAUUGCAGUCUCUAGUUGCAAAGGAGGAGUGGGUAAAAGCACAAUUGCAUUGAACCUUACUUUUUCCUUGUAAAAAUUAGGCUUCAAUGUGGGAAUAUUUGAUGCUGACGUAUAUGGUCCAUCUCUCCCUACCUUAAUUGGCAAAGAGAAAUAGUAAUUAUAUGCUCCAGAAGACAAACCUAAAGAAAUACUUCCCAUAGAAUUCAACGGUGUUAAAACCAUGAGUUAUGGUUAUGCAAGUGGCAAUUAAAAAGCCAUCAUCAGAGGUCCUAUGGUUAGCAGCAUCGUUGUUUAACUAGUACAACAAACUCAAUGGCAAAAUCUAGAUUAUUUGGUUGUCGAUAUGCCACCAGGAACAGGAGACAUACAAAUAAGUUUAUGUUAAGAAUUAAAUUUCGAUGGAGCAGUAAUUGUUACAACUCCCCAGAGAUUAAGUUUUAUAGAUGUUGUAAAGGGAAUAGAGAUGUUUGAUGUCCUAAAAGUGCCAACCCUAAGUGUGGUUGAAAAUAUGGCUGAAUAUGUCUGUCCAGAUUGCAAUCAUGUUCAUAGGCCAUUCGGAUAAGGCUAUAUGAACAUGCUACAAAAAUAAUUUGGUAUUGCCACAGCAGUCUCUAUUCCCUUAUAUGGAGAUAUUUCUAAAUAUUCAGAUUUGGGAAGUCCUGUAGUACUGACAUUGCCUGAAGAUCACACCAUCAAUAAUAUUUAUAGACAAUUAGCCAAUAAUGUUGUUCAUGAGUUAAGCAGAAGCGAUUUGACUAAGACUCCUACUGUCAGAUAUGAUACAGGCAAAAGAGUGAUCAUUAUUAGGGAUUUCGAUGGCAAAGAAAAACCUAUAAAAUCAGUUGAACUUAGAUCUAAAUGCAAUUGUGCUUUAUGUGUGGAUGAAUUUACUGGAAGAAGAUUAAAUUAAAAUCAAUAACUAGAUCAGGAAGUCUAUCCAUACAAGAUUGAACCUAAAGGAAACUAUGCUGUUGCAAUCGUUUGGUCUGAUGGUCAUCGUUCUUCAAUAUAUCCCUAUAAAAGAUUAUGGAGUGAUGAGAUUAUUGAACAUAAAUCAUGAUAAUUAUAUAUAUUAAAAUAAGCGUAUAAUAAAGGU